AUGGCAUUGUUCGAUACUGCUGACGGAAUAUUAAUGCUAGGCACGUAUACAUGGGCAUACAUUAAUCCCGUCAGAAAAAUCUAUUAUAAUCUUGUUAUCACUUUCUUUUCCAUCGUUGUCGCAUUCGUAAUCGGUGGAAUCGAAUUGCUUAAUAUUAUUGGGGAACAAGUUAGAGUUGGAGGGACCUUUUUGGGUUUCUUUGCAAUGCUGGGUGAUAAUUUCAACCUAAUUGGUUAUUUAAUUAUUGUAUUAUUUGUGGGUACUUUUUUCAUUGCAAAAAUAUUCUAUAAAGCGUUAGGUUCUGAAGAGUUAGAACAUAAAUUUGAUGAACAAGAAGGGAAUAAUAUUGUAGGUGCAAAUAAUGAAAAGUAA